AUGACGAUGACGUCCCACAGCGCCAGCGUCGGCGCGGCCAACGGUGCCGCCCCAUCCAACGGCAGCGCCCACGGCAACGGCAGCAGCAAUGGCGACGGCAACUCCAACUCCAACGGCAACUCCAACGGCAACGGCUCGACGCCUCGCACCAAGAUCUGCGUCUACUGCGGCGCCAGCGCGGGAGGUAGCCCGGCGCACAUGGAAAUGGCCCGUCAGCUCGCCCGCGUCAUGGCCGCCAACAACAUCGACCUAGUCUACGGUGGCGGCACCGUCGGCCUCAUGGGCGAAGUGGCCAAGACGCUCUGCAAACUCUCGGGCCCCGAUGCCGUCCACGGCGUCAUCCCCGAGGCCCUCGUCAAGUACGAACGCGACGGCACCUACCAGACGGUCAACGACGACAACCAGAUCGUGCCCGAUCGCGCCAUGUACGGCCGCACCACCGUCGUCAAGGACAUGCACACCCGCAAGAAGAUCAUGGCCGAGGAGGUCUUCUCCGGCGGGCCCGGCUCCGGCUUCAUCGCCCUCAGCGGCGGCUACGGCACCAUGGAGGAGAUAUUCGAGACCAUCACCUGGAACCAGCUCGGGAUCCACACCAACGGCAUCUGCCUCCUCAACGUCGACGGCUACUGGGACGGCAUCGUCCAGUGGAUCGAAAAGGCCGUCGAGCAGGGCUUCGUGCGCCAGGCGAACAAGGACAUCGUCGUCACCGCCACGACGGCCGAGGGCGCCGUCACCGCCCUGCGCGACUACAAGGUCUCCGAGGCCACCUACAAGCUCAAGUGGGGAAGCCAAUGA